AAGGGAUAACUGUUUAUAAUGCACUGUCCCACCCACCCCCUGUGGCGCACGCCCUGCUUCCUGCAUUCAGACACUUCAUCAACCUGACAACACUGGACCGGCCACGUCCCCCCCCCUCAUACGUAAGCACGGACUCGUCUUGUAGCAUGUAUAGCGUGGACGGCACAAGAUUAUUAAGAUCAUGGCAACCAGGUGGGGUAUCGCUGGAGCUGGCAAAAUAUCAGUCGAUUUCUGCCUAGCCUUGAAAACAUUGCCAGAAACCGAACAUUGCAUAAAAGCUGUUGGUGCUCGAUCUCUAGAAAGAGCCAAAGAAUUUGCUGCAAAGUUCCAAAUCGAAGUAGCUUGCGGGUCGUACGAGGACUUGUUUUUGCGUGAUGAUGUCGAUGUCAUCUACAUCGGUACGAUCAAUACGACUCACAAAGAAUUAUCGAUAUGUGCAAUGAAGAGUGGCAAGCAUGUUCUCUGUGAAAAGCCUGCUGGAAUGAACUCAUCUGAAUUAGACGAGAUAUUCAGUGUUGCUAAACAAGAGAGGAAGCUUUUUAUGGAGGCUGUUUGGACAAGGUUUUCCCCAGCACACUUGGAAACAUUUGAAGCAUUGAAAAAUGGAAUCAUUGGAGAUAUUAUGGCAGUCCAAGUAACAUUUGGUAUCUCAGUUCUUGGUUCUAUUGACAGAGUGACUAAUCCAGGCCUUGGUGGAAGUGUUUUAAUGGAUAUUGGCAUAUAUUUGAUGCAUUUUGUAGAUAUGGUUUUCAGUGGGGAUGAACCCAUAAAAAGAUCCACAGUUGGAUUCCUUGCUGAUUCUGGAGUUGAUUUAUGUAGCAGCACAACAUUUCUCUUUAGGGGAAAGAAGAUUGCCCAAGCCAUGUGUUCAGGAAUUGCAGAUCUUCCAAAUGAAGGGAUUAUUAUUGGCACUAAAGGAAGGAUCAUAUUUAGGGCCCCAUUUUGGUGUCCUACACUUGUCACCAUCAAUGAUGUAGACAAAAGCUAUUCAUUACCUGAAACAUUGUUUCCAACAAACUUUGCUAACAGUGCUGGAUUAAGAUAUGAAGCCGAACAUGUGAGGAAGUUAAUCAUAGAAGGAAAGAUUGAAAGUGAUGUAAUGACUCACAGCACAAGCAAAAGAAUAAUGAGGUACCUGGAACAAAGUCGACAGGAAGUAAAUAACAUGCUAAAGGCACAUAAUUUUUUAAUUGGCCUCUUUGUUGUGACUAUUUUUGCAGUACUACUCUUAACCUUGUCAAUGACAAAAGAGCAACAUGGUUUUACAGAACCUAAAAGGAUAACAGACUGUAUAACAAUAAGCGAUUCUUCAGUUUUGGAAAUGAGAAAACCAGAUGAUGAUGUUUUAGAAAAACUCACUCCACACUUCAAGCUUGUUGAAAGUGAUACAGACCCAUUGCCGAUUUCGCCUAAAUGUAGCAAAGAAGUUUUUCUAAUAGUGCUGGUAGUAACUUCACCAGAUGGUUAUAUCAGACGUAAUGCAAUCAGAGGAACUUGGGCUGAGAGUUUUGGCAAAAGCAGACAUGCAAUGAAGAAGGAGUCAAAAGUUGAAAAAGAGUAUGGUAUUGACAGUGUUGUUAAAGUUGUCUUUUUGGUUGGACAUACACCCAAUAAACAGGUAAUGGAUCUUGUAAAUGCCGAAGCUAAGAUGUUUGGAGACAUUGUUCUUGGCGGCUUUCAUGAAGAUUAUCGCAACCUCACAAUGAAAACACGUCUUGGACUCAAAUGGGCAUACUUCAGUUGCAAAGCAAAAUACAUUCUUAAAACUGAUGAUGAUGUGUUUAUAAACACAUUUCCAUUAGUUGAAUGGUUGGCAGAGCAACAGAGAGAGAAGUUUUACAGUGGUUGGUGCAACUUUGAUUCUCCAGUUGUAAGAGACCCAAACAACAAAUGGUUUGUUUCUACGGAUGACUAUGAAGGAACUAAUUACCCUGGGUACUGUCUUGGAGGAGGUUACGUCAUGUCGGACGAUGUUCUUGGAAGAAUGAUUAAAAUGUCAUAUGGCAGAAAGCUUUUCCCAAUGGAAGAUCUUUACGUUGGACUGCUAAUCAAGAGCCUUGGUGAUGUUAAGCCUUUUGACAAUAAACAAGGAUUUGAUUUGGUAUUUGGUGGUGCUGAGGGGUGUAGGUAUACUUCCCUGUAUCUCGCGCACCCGGUCCGGCCAGAUGACCAACUAAGAAUGUUAUUAGAAGCACAUUUUGCAUUGCAAACCUGCUAGGGUGCUUUAAAUUUCUAUAUUUAUAUUAUAUUUAGUAUGAAUCAAUCUUACAUUAUAUUGAUAAUUAUCAAUCUAUACUAAUAGUGAUCAUCUCAUCUUUAGCUUUUUAAGUAUUAGGAAUUUAGCUUGGUUUUUUAAUAUAUUUGAAAUUUUAUGAUCA